AUGAAUAUCAUCAAGCUGCAGAAGAAAUACCCCCAAUUCCAGCAGGGCGAGAUCUUUGGCCUGCAGGAUGCUUUCCGCAAGCUCGACGUUGACGACAAGGGCUAUCUCGACGAGGCGACGGUGAUCAAGGCAACGCAGCAGACGGAGCACCAGCCGUACGAUGUGGUCCGCCAGGCGCUGAAAGAGGUAGAGCUGGACAGCUCACGGCGUGUAGAGCUGGACGACUAUGUAGAUCAGCAGCUCAUCUCCAAAUUGCGCGAGUCUUCCCCCGCCCAGCAGCGCAUGCACACUGGACCGACCCGCCCUCGAGCCGGUACCGGGGGCACCGGCAGCGCGCCUCCCACACCUGGACAGCCAGGACACGCCCAAAAGCCCAGCAUCGGCAGCGGAGGAGGCAGGAUCCAGGUCCAGGGCUCGUCCGCCAACGUCACCCACACCAUCAACGAAGAUGAGCGCACCGAGUUCACGCGCCACAUCAACGCGGUCCUGGCCGGUGACCCAGACAUUGGCAACCGCCUGCCGUUCCCUACCGACACUUUUGAGAUGUUUGACCAGUGCAAGGACGGUCUCGUGCUCUCUAAGCUCAUCAACGACAGCGUCCCGGACACCAUCGACGAGCGUGUCUUGAACAGGCCCGGCAAGAAAAUCAAGCAGCUGAACAAUUUCCACUUCACUGAGAACAACAACAUCGUCAUCGAGUCGGCCAAAGGUAUUGGUUGCUCAGUCGUAAAUAUUGGCAGCGGAGACAUCAUCGAAGUGCGGGAGCAUCUAAUCCUGGGUCUCAUCUGGCAAAUCAUCCGGAGAGGUCUUCUGGGCAAGAUUGACAUCAAGCUGCACCCCGAAUUGUACCGACUGCUUGAAGACGACGAGACUCUGGAACAGUUCCUGAGGUUGCCUCCGGAGCAGAUUCUGUUGCGCUGGUUCAACUACCACCUGAAGAACGCGAAGUGGCACAGAACAAAAUCGAAUGGAACUAACGACGACAGCGUGACAAACUUUUCGACUGAUGUCAAGGACGGAGAAAACUACACUGUGCUCCUCAACCAGCUCAAGCCUGAGACAUGCUCACGCGCACCACUGCAGCAGAAUGAUCUCCUUCAGCGCGCGGAGAUGGUUCUCCAAAAUGCAGACGCUCUCGACUGCCGCAAAUUUUUGACCCCAACCUCGCUUGUAGCCGGUAACCCUAAGCUCAAUCUUGCUUUCGUCGCCAACCUGUUCAACACGCACCCCUGUCUCGACCCUAUCACCGAGGAAGAGAAGGCUGAGAUUGAAGACUUCGAUGCGGAAGGAGAGCGUGAGGCUCGUGUGUUUACGCUAUGGCUCAACUCGCUCGACGUCAAGCCCGUGGUUCAAUCCUUCUUCGAGGACCUGAAGGACGGCUUAGUGUUGCUCCAAGCAUAUGACAAGGUCAUCCCAGGCAGCGUGAACUGGCGACAUGUCAAUAAGCCUAGGGAGGGUCAAGAAUUGAUGCGUUUCAAGGCGCUCGAGAACACCAACUACUCAGUCGAGCUCGGAAAGCAGGUUCAGUUCUCAUUACCCGGUAUCCAAGGCGCCGACAUUACCGACGGACAGCGCACACUGACGCUCGGUCUCGUCUGGCAACUGAUGCGAAAGGACAUUGUUUCAACACUCAAAGGACUCGCACAACGCCUCGGAAAGCGCGAAAUCACCGAUGCCGACAUGAUCAAGUGGGCGAACGACAUGGCACGGAAAGGUGGCAAGGGCAGCCAGGUCCGGUCUUUCAAAGAUUCGUCGCUCACAAACUCUGUUUACCUGCUCGAUGUACUGGCUGGCAUGAAGCCUGCAUACGUCGAUUACGACCUCGUUGCGCCUGGCCGCAACGAGGACGAGUGUUAUCAGAACGCCAAGCUGGCCAUCAGUAUUGCACGAAAGAUGGGUGCAACGAUCUGGCUGGUGCCCGAGGAUAUCGUUGCGGUGCAGAGCAGGUUGAUUACCACCUUCAUUGGCAGCUUGAUGAGCACAAACGAAAAGAUGGGUGGACACAUCCUUGACCCCUGCAUCCCAUCCAUCCCACAUCUUCUCUAUCCAUCAGACAAAAACAUGCCUCAAGCAGCCGACAUCCUGUCCGACCCGGACAUCAAUCAAGCCUACGAAGACGUGCGCUCGGAUAAAUCCGACACCACGUGGCUUGUGUUGAAGGUGCGUUCUACAUCCGACAACCUAAAGCUCGCAGGCACAGGAACUGGCGACAUCGCCGAGAUGACCGAGAGCCUGGCCGACGACGAGGCGGCGUAUGCGUAUGUGCGGAUGAAAUUGGGAAACGAUGAGUAUAGCGAGAGGGUCAAGUUUGCUUUUGUUGUUUGGGCUGGCCCCAACACAAAGGUCAUGCGCAAGGCCAAGAUGUCAUUCCAGUCUGGGCAGGUCAAGCAGGUUAUUCGGACGUAUGCGGUGGAGGUGCAGACGGGGGAUCGGAGGGAUUUGGAUGUCGAGGCUGUUACGUUGAAGCUGAGGAAGGCGAUGGGGGCGAAUUGUAAGUCAUUUCUUCAUUCAUGUGCAUAG